CAGUUUACAUUAAGCACAGCAAUGAACUUACAAGUUGGCAUUCUUUUGAUAACAAUCAGUUUAUGCACUGCAUCGACUCUUAAAUGUACUUUCAAGAACGAUUUCGUGUUUCGAAAAUAUAGUUGUGUCGUUAAAGAGUUGAAGAUUGAAAAUCGUAAUACACGAAUCACAUUUAUAGAAGGACAACAUGAAAUGACGAAGUCAAAUGACGAUGUUGAGUGCCUCAGAGUGGAAAGAAUUCAAACGAUGGAAUUUUUCACGAAUGAUUUCUUUCUGAAGUUUCCAAACAUGCAAAAUCUCGCGAUUCACGAUGGCCCACUAAAACAUUUGUUGCGGGGUGAUUUUGCAAUGGCAGAUAAUCUCGUGAGCAUUCACAUAACUCAUACUGAUGUGACAGAUUUAGAGGAUUACGUUUUCUUUGGAACGAAAGUGCUGAAAACGCUCAAUCUUCGUGAAAACAAAAUCCGAACAAUUGCAGAAAACGCGUUCAAAGGAUUGAUGACGUUGAAGUUUUUGACUCUCAGCUAUAACGAGAUUCAUAUGCUUCACAUGAAUAUAUUUAAAGAUCUUAACUUUCUCGAGCAAUUAUCUCUCGGAUCAAACAAGUUGCGACACAUUGAUGAGAACUUGUUCAGCAAAAAUCGACAUCUCGAAAUCAUUUUCCUCGAUAACAAUCAACUCACGUCGAUAAGUGGAAACAUGUUUUCUCGAAAUGAAAAUCUUCGGGAAAUUUACAUGGAUAAUAAUCAAAUCAAACAUGUCAGCAACAUUCCUGAGUUUCUUACAAAUCUCAAGCAGUUGGAAGUUGCAGUUUUCUCUAACAACACUUGUGUUAAUUCAAUGUUUCUCAUUACGAAAGGCUUUUAUCCUCCAUAUGAAAGAAUCUUCGAAAAUUGUCAAAUCUUUUAA